AUGGACGCCUUCAAACUCGCUGAGAUCCAACGCAUGGAGAACGGAGGCAACGAGCCCUGGAAACAGUUCUUCGACGCACAUUCACUCACGCUCGCAGAGGGCCGGACCUUCGAGGACUCCACCGUGAAAGAACGGUAUAGCGGCGAGGUAGGCGAGGAGUGGAAGGAGAGAUUAUCCGCCAAAGUCGAAGGGAGGGAAUACGUGCCUGUGCCGAAGACGGAAGUUAAGAAGAAAAGCGCCACAGACAAAUUGCCAGGUGGUGGGUUGUCACGGUCAAACACUACGACGCCCAGAGGGUUUGGGAAUGAUUCGCGAGAACCACUUUCCAGAUCGAAAUCUGCUACCGGGCAACUAAGCAAAAAGGAACAGAAUGAGGCGUAUUUUGCGAAGAUGGGAGGUGUCAAUGCCUCGAGAUCGGAAGGCUUGCCUCCCUCUGAGGGCGGGAAGUAUACCGGUUUCGGCGGAGGGAUGCCAGUAGACUCAUCCUCGUCAAGGUCCGGUGGUGGUGCAGGUGGGAUUCCAGGAUUGGAUGAUUUCCAAUCCGAUCCUGUUGCGGCGUUGACGAAGGGAUUCGGAUGGUUCACUACUACCGUUGGAAGGAGUGCGAAGACCGUGAACGAUACAUAUAUUCAACCCGCUGCAAAGACACUUGCGGAAUCAGAUCUCGCAGCCCAGGCUCGUCUUGCUGCUACAGAAGUCGGCCGGAACAUACAGACCGGCACCCGUACAGCCGCAGACUCAUUCAAUCGCUUCGUAGAAGGAAGUGAUGGUCCAGCUGGCGGCCCUCAUCGUACAACAGGCUCUGCAUCAGCUUCAUCCAGAGGGUUUGAACCUGAGCGAAAAGAUUUCUGGGACAGCUUUGCUGCUCUUGGAGAUGAGAGGGAUAGGCAAAGGCAUGGUGCUGGCUCUUCCUCCGGCUCGGGAGCUAUCGGCACUGGAACGAUGAAGAAGAAUGAUUCGAACUCUAUCAAGCCUACUUCCUCGUCGGUGUCAAAGGAUGAUGGAUGGGAUGAUAAUUGGUAG